AUGCUGAACCUUCUAGCCCUCGUCUGCUUCAUUGCCUGUUCUGUUGCGGGCCCGAUCUCUACAACUUACAGUGACCACAGCCCACCCUAUUCUACAGGCACUUACAGUGACCACAGCCCACCCUAUUCUACAGACACUUACAGUGACCACAACCCACCCUAUUCUACAGAGACUUACAGUGACCACAACCCGACCUAUUCUACAGGCACUUACAGUGACCACAGCCCACCCUAUUCUACAGAGACUUACAGUGACCACAACCCGACCUAUUCUACAGGCACUUACAGUGACCACAGCCCACCCUAUUCUACAAGCACUUACAGUGACCACAACCCGACCUAUUCUACAGAGACUUACAGUGACCACAACCCGACCUAUUCUACAGGCACUUACAGUGACCACAGCCCACCCUAUUCUACAGAGACUUACAGUGACCACAACCCGACCUAUUCUACAAGCACUUACAGUGACCACAGCCCACCCUAUUCUACAAGCACUUACAGUGACCACAACCCGACCUAUUCUACAGGCACUUACAGUGACCACAGCCCACCCUAUUCUACAGAGACUUACAGUGACCACAACCCGACCUAUUCUACAGGCACUUACAGUGACCACAGCCCACCCUAUUCUACAGAGACUUACAGUGACCACAACCCGACCUAUUCUACAGGCACUUACAGUGACCACAGCCCAUCCUAUUCUACAAGCACUUACAGUGACGACAGCCCUUCCUAUUCUACAAGCACUUACAGUGACCACAACCCCACCUAUUCUACAGGCACUUAUAGUGACCACGACUCGAGGCAUCAUGGGGUGAACUUUGGAGAUGGAUCUGCUGCUGCCGCUGCUGCAGCCAUCGCUGGACGAGGUGCUGCCGCAUCUGCUGCAGUCGCUGUUGCUGAUAGAUUUGUUAGCUUAAGAUCCGGUUUAGGCAUCGGCAUGCGACGUGGUAUGCGCGGUAGCAUGCGUGGUGGCAUGGGCAGUCGUAUUGCCGGUGGCAUGAACGGUAGCAUAGGUGGUCGCAUAGGCGUUCGAAUGGGUGGUCACAUGGGUGGUCGCAUGGGCAGUGAAAUGAGAGGUGGCAUGGGUGGUCGCAUGGACGGUGGUAUGAGUGGUAGCAUGGGUAGUCGCAUGGGCGUUGGGAGGAAUGGUGGUAUGCGAGGUGGAAUGGGCGGUCGCAUUGGCGGUAGCAUUGGUGGUGGGAGGAACGGUGGCAUGCGAGGUGACAAUGGUGGUCGUAUGGGCGGACGCAUGGGCAAUGGUAUUGACACUGGCAUGCGUGGUGGUAUGAACGGUGACGUUGACAGUGGCAUGCACGGUAGGAUGGACAGUGGUAACGGCGGUGGUAAUGGUGAUGGUAACGGCGGUGGACACAGUGGUGGAAGCGGUGGUAACAGAGGAAGAAGGGUAGUUUUAUGA